ACCAAGAGAGAGCAAAAGAAAGAGAGAUUGACAUCAGUCGCUGCCUAAGACGCCUUCUCCCAGCACAGCCGAGGAGAGCAGAAAUAUGAUUCCCUACAAGGAGCCGUGCAAGGACUGACCUUGAAAAGAAUCUGAGUUGGGGGAAGAGAAGGAAAAUGUCCGAGAACAGUUCGUCUCUCAGCCCCCCAGGAUCGUUCGCCUCUGGCAGCAGGGUGCUGCAACUGGCCACCAAAGGGGAGUGGAUCACCCUGGAGCAGACCCUGAGAGGCAUGGACAAGGGGGACCCGGCCAUCUCCCAAACUGACCAAGAGUCAGGCCUGACCCCCUUCAUGAUCGCGGUGAGAGAGAACAGGCUGUCCAUUGUCGAGAGGUUGCUGGAGCUGGGAGUGAAUCUUUCAGACCAAACUAAGAAUGGCCGAAAUGCUUUACAUGUGGCUGCUGCCCACUCGAAGGGGGAGAUCAUCCGACUGCUGCUGGCUGGAAAGGCAGAUCCCAAUGUCCCCGGAGGGCCCAAGGAGCAGCUGCCACUUCAUUACGCAGCCCUCCGUCCCACUGGGGCUGUCGGUGUGAUGCAGAUGCUGCUGAAGGCUUCUCACAAAGAUGCUAGACUGAGCCAAGACCAGGACGGCCACUCUCCUCUCUUUCUUGCCGUGGAAGCUGGGAAGCUGGGAGUCUGUAAGGAACUGCUUUCCACGCACGCCGAGGCCCAGCUGAGCGCACGGGAAAAGAGAUAUGGCGACACUGUGCUGCAUGCAAGCUGCAGGAAAAGAGAUGUGGAAGUUGCCAAAAUCCUAGUGGAAUAUGGAGCUGGGGUGGAUUGCCAGAAUGAUGAAGGUCAGACUCCUCUACAUGUCGCUGCGUGGGAAGGCGAUGAAGCCCUGUUGAAGUUCUUCCAUCACUGCAAGGCCAAUCCUAACGUAGCAGACAAGAUGGACAGGUCCCCCUUGCACAUCGCUGCAGAAAGAGGCCACACCAAUGUGGUGGAGUUGCUGACGGAGAAGUUCCACUCCAAUGUGCUAGCUCGCACUAAGGACGGUAGCACCCUCAUGCAUGUUGCCUCUGAGCAUGGGCACCCUGACACCGCUCUGGCUUUCCUGAAGAAAGGAGUCCUGCUGCACAUGCCCGAUAAGAAUGGGGCGGUCUGCUUGCACGCGGCAGCCAAGCGCGGUCAUGCUGCCGUGGUGAAGGCCCUGCUGCAAAGGGGGGCAGAGGUGGACGCUCGAACCAAAGAAAACUACACGGCCCUGCACAUUGCUGCCCAGCACUGCAAGCCACUGGUGGUACAGACUCUUCUGGGCUUUGGGGCCCGGGUCCAACUCAAGGGAGGCAAGGCCCAGGAGACGCCUCUGCACAUCGCAGCCUGCAUCCACGAGGGGGAGAAGGUGGCAGAGAUGCUGCUGAAGAGCGGCGCCGACGUCAAUGUGGAACAAGAGAACGGUGAGACGGCCAUGCACGUCGCAGCUCGCCACGGCAACCUGAGGAUGAUCAAGGCCCUGAUCGAGGAAGGAGGGGAGCUCACCUCACAGUCCAAGGCUGGAGAGUGCCCCCUACACAUCGCCGUGCAGCACUGCCACCUGCCCGUGGUGGAGGAGAUCCUCAACUACCUGGCCACGGAGAAGAGCCACGCGGAGGCCUCCGCCUGCGUCAACCAGGAAAACAAGGCAGGGGAGACACCCCUCCACCUGGCUGCCGCAGUGAAGAAGGACAUGGUCCACUUUGAGGGGGAGGAGACCAAGAUCAUUGCCAUGCUCAUGGAGUACGAUGCCGACAUCUCCCGUACCACGCGAGUGUCCCUUGAGACCCCUCUGCAUUACUGCGCCCGUGUGGGCAAUGCGGAUGUCCUGCUGGAGAUGCUUAAGCACAUUAGCACCAGCCGAAUGCAGCAGUCCAUUAACAAGCAAGCCAAGAAUGACUGGUCCCCGUUGCUGAUGGCAGCAGAGCGAGGGCACACCGCGAUAGUGAAGAUCCUGCUCCAGCACCACGCUCGUGUCGACGUCUUCGAUGAGCACGGGAAAGCAGCUUUGCACCUGGCCGCAGAGAACGGCCAUGACCAGAUUGCAGACAUGCUGCUGUGGCACAAGGCCUUCGUCAAUGCCAAGACCAAGCUGGGCCUGACACCUCUUCACCUCAGCGCUCAGAACGGCUACAACCAUUUAGUCAAGCUCCUCGUGGAGACUCACCUGGCCAGCAUUGAUGCUAUGACCCUGACCAAGCGAACCCCUCUGCACCUCGCUGCGCUGACCGGCCAGCUGGACGUGUGCACCAGCCUGCUGAGCAUGAGCGCGGACGUCAAUGCCACCGACAUGCAAGGACAGACACCAUUGCACCUGGCCGCUGAAAAUGACCAUUCGGAGGUGGUUCAGUUCUUUCUGAAGCACAAGCCGGAACUGGUGACCUCUGCCAACGUGGAAGGUUCGACCUGUGCCCACAUAGCUGCCUCCAAAGGCAGUGUCGCUGUGAUCAAGGAGCUGCUGAAGUUCAACAAGGUGGGGGCGACCACGGCCCGCAACAAGACAAACUACUCCACUCCUCUGCACCUGGCAGCUGCUGGGGGGCACCAUGAGGUGGUGAAGGUCUUGCUGCAGACGGGAGCCUCGGCAGCGGAUGAGGAUGGCGAAGGAAUGACGGCAAUUCACCUGGCGGCCAAACAUGGGCACAUCAGUGUCCUGGAGGCCUUAAAAGGCAGCAUCUCCUUGAGAAUCACCAGCACCAAGACAGGAUUUACUGCCCUUCAUGUGGCAGCUCAUUACGGCCAGCUGGACUUCGUCCGAGACAUGCUCGCCAGGGGAUUGGCCACCAUGCGCAGCGAGCCUCCCAAAUUCACCUCCGAAGGACAGCAGGUCAAGGAGCAAGGCAGUGAGUAUGCCCAGGAGUCUGGGGCAUCAGAGGGGCCCUGCUGCCGUCUGUGUGAUUUAUCGCAGUCAGGAUUCACGCCACUGCACCUGGCUGCCCAGUCGGGACACGAGAGCCUGGUCCGGCUGCUGCUCAACUACCCCGGCGUACAGGUGGAUUGUCAGACCAGCCUGCAGGGCUCCACCCCUCUCCACCUGGCGGCCCAGCAUGGUCACACCGCCGUCGUUGGGCUUCUUCUGAGCAAAUCCACCUCCCAGCUGCAUCUUCGAGACAAGAGAGGGCGGACAUGCCUCCACCUGGCUGCAGCCAAUGGCCACGUUGAGAUGGUGCGGGCAUUGCUGGGCCAGGGAGCGGAGAUCAACGUCACUGACAAGCAAGGCUGGGGCCCAUUGCACUUUGCUGCCAAAUCGGGUUUCCUGGAUAGUGUCCGGCUGCUAGUGGAAAGCGGUGCCACACCCACUCUCGAGUCCAAAGAGGGGAGGAUACCUAUCCAGUAUGCAGCUGCUGAGAACCACCAAGAAGUAGUGAGCUUCCUGAUGAAAAGGAACUCCACCACCUUGAAACUGAUUGAGGACAGGAAGUUUAUCUUUGACCUUAUGGUCUGUGGGAAGCUGAACAACAACAAGGCAAUUGAAGAAUUUGUCCUUCACUCUUCUGCUCCCCUGGACACUGCUGUCAAGCUUUCCCGGGCCUUCAACAUCGCUGCCCUGAAGGAGAAGGAACGUGCCAAAGACUUGCUGACUGCUGCCAAGUACACUGAAAGCAUGGCCACUGAGCUCCUGACGCUGGCUUCUGGAGGUAGAAGUGCUGGCCACCUUCUCCGCGCAGUGGAUCACAGAGGCACUACCAUGCUGGACUCGCUAAUUGAGUGUGAACAGAAGGACGUAGUAGCGCAUCCAGCAGUGCAAAAAUACCUGACAGAAGUCUGGUAUGGCAGCCUGAAGUGGGCCCCAUGGAAGAUUGCCCUCUUGUUCGUCUGCUUCCUAGCGUGCCCCCCCAUGUGGCUGGUUUUCUCCCUACCCCUGAAACAUAGGUUCAAUAAAAUUCCUAUUAUGAAGUUCAUGAGCCACUUGGCAUCUCAUAUCUUCCUGCUCAUCCUGUUCAUCCUAACCAUAGUGUAUCCCCCCAUUAGCCCCAUCUAUGAAGGUCACAUGGUGCCAUACUGGAACGAGUGGUUGCUCUUAGCUUGGCUGCUGGGGACACUGGUCACCGAGCUCACCCAUUCUGGAGAAAGGGCUGGCCUGGCUUGGAUCAGAGUGUUCGUCUUGGGCUUCUCUGCCAUUGCUUUCCUUUGCCAUUUGCUGGCCUUGAUGUUUGCUGGCACCGAUCGCUUGCACUGCCUGUUUGCCAGGAACAUCUUCCUAGGGGUGGCCAUGACGCUCUCCUUUGUGCAGUUCCUGGAGUUCCUCACCUUCCACCACCUCUUUGGCCCUUGGGCCGUCAUAAUCAGGAACCUCAUGAAGGAUCUCACCAGGUUCGCGGUCAUCCUGGGCUUGUUUCACAUAGCCUUCACCAUGCAGCUGUCAUCUGUCUACCAGCCAGUCUACCCUGAACCAAAGACCAACCUCUCAGCUGCUGGUGGGAACGCGACUGUGAGCACCGUUAUCCAGGACCCCGUUGUCAUUAUGGUCACAUUAUUCUUCUCCGUGUUUGGCCUCGUUGACCCCGAGUCCCUGCCCUCACUCACCAGAACUCCCCAGUUCACUUUUGUCAUCAUCCGCUUUGUGUUUGGGGUUUACCUGAUCGUGACCUUGAUUGUGCUGAUCAACCUGCUGAUCGCCAUGAUGAGUGACACCUACCAGAGGAUACAAGCCCAGUCUGACACAGAGUGGAAGUUUGGCAGGGCCAUGCUCAUUAGGGACAUGACUAGGAAGUCUGGAACACCUUCCCCCUUUAACCUCUUCACAAAUCUUCUCUAUUACAUCAAAAUACUUUGCAAACACAAAGGUAAGCUGUGCUCCACUGAACGGAGGGACCUGAUAAACGAAGAGGAAGACCUGGACAGCACUUCCGACACACGAUCCAUCAAUAUGCUGGCUCACACGUCCAUGGGUUGGAUUAGGGUUGCUGCCAAGAGGAUGACACAAGUAUCACCAGAAGGUGGGCACAUUCGAAGCACUCUGCCAGCAAGGCCGCUGCACAUUGAGGGGGCAAUAGACUGGCACAGCGUGGCUCUCCGCUAUUACUCCUUGAAAGGGCGGAUGGACAGAGCACUGUUCGAGAGGGAAUUGUCCAGGCACCAUGAGGAGAAGAGAGGUGUGCAGCCCAUCCAUCUGCUCAUGAACGGCCAGGAUGUGUGCAGGGUCUAGCCUGUUUGCACCCAGCUCCCCAGUACCAGCGAUUGCCGUGACGUGGGUCCCCUUUGGGCUGCCUGAAUGCAGUAGGGCGUGAACGGCGACGUGUUGUAUGGCCAAACGGAAUGCAAUAAAGAUAAUUUUCUGUGUUCCCUCCA